AUGGCUACAGACAGAUUGGCAGCACUACGCAGUCGUUUUUACUAUAGGCGCAACAAGGAGGGGGUUACUCGAGGUUGGUGUACGCCGAGGUCCGCUCUGCCCGACAGGUCGCUGACCGCUUUGAUACUCUUUAGCAACCCCUCGUCCGGACGAUAUGCAGAAGGGGGAUAUCAGAGUCGCAGGCCGAAUCCAUAUGCCCAACAAGACGACGGCGGAAACCAGUACGAGAUGAGCAACUAUUCCAACAACAACUAUCGUUCAAAUAAUUCCUAUGGUGGUGGUGGUGCACCAGCUGCGGGAGACAUUGCGUCGGAAUUAAAUGUGGAAUUGGCCGUUCCACCAGAAACUUACGAUUCUCUCCCUCACCAGGUUUCAGCCAUCCAAGACCUUCUCAAGCAAUACAACGACAAUGUCGCCCUCGUUUCAAACUUGCAUCAAAGAGCUUUGAACAAUAUCGAGGACAAGCAGGCAUCUCAGCAACUAGACGAGAUAGUAUCCGACAAUCGAAAACUCAGCAACGAGCUGAAGAACCGAAUCAAGGCUUUGCAAGCUCAAGGUGGGGACAGUCGUGAAGGUCAAACACGCCGUCAACAAGCUGCGUUGCUCAAGGACAAGUUCCAAUCUGCCCUCCAAAACUACCAACAAGUAGAACAAAGGCACCGCAAUGCCUCCAAAAAUCAAAUGGAAAGACAAUUUAGGAUUGUCAAACCAAAUGCCACCGCCGAGGAAGUGAGGGCCGUUGUCAAUGAUGAACAAGGAGGACAGAUCUUCCAGCAAGCAUUGAUGAACUCUGAUCAAUUCGGCCGGGCCAGAGCAGCCUACCGAGAGGUCCAAGAGCGUCACAAUGACAUUCUCAAGAUUACCGAGACGGUCGCUGAGUUGCAACAAUUAAUGAAUGACAUGGCUAUGAUGGUUGAAGAACAAGGAGAGACGAUCAAUACCAUUGAGCAGACCACAGCAAUUGCAGAGAAGGACGUUGAGACUGGCCAAGAAGUCCGCCAUCUCGGCACGCAAGAAGAGGUUAGUUUACAGACCAUCAAUACAUCACCUCUUACUAACUUGUCUCUAGAUGGAUUUGCUUCGCCAUCGUUGUCGUUAUUCUCAUCAUUAUUGCCAUCGUUAUUGGCAUUCAAGUGGCACAAGGUCGCAUUGGAGGCGGAGACACAAACCCCAAGCUUGUAUCUGGUGAAAUGCCUGCCAAGAAGAGGUGCCAACGACCUGAGUGCCGCAACGCUGUUAUGCGUAUUGCUGGAGAAUGUCCCCAUUGCCAGUCACACUUCUGCAGCAACACAGCAAGCAUUUGAGCUCAACAGGGCGAAAUUGGAGUCCCAGACGACCGUCGCCCCCAAGCUCGUCUCCUAG